AUGUUAUCUGUAGAUAAUUGUGAUCCCUCUCCUAAAAUGUCACCUUCUGUGAAAGUACUCGAUCUAAAUUUUAUCAUUAUAGUAACAGUGGCCAAAAAAUUAGUUAAUAAAUUCAUUUUUACAUAUAUACGAAAAUUAUACUACACUUUUGAUUAUUAUAUCCCACUUGCACCACGUUUAUUUCCUCGAUUAAAAAAACAUAAAAAGCGAUUUAAAGCAAAUAAAGUUAGAGAAACUCAAAAAUUAGAACAUAUUUCUGAAAAGUCACAGAAUAAAAACAGGAACGAGUCAUACAACAUUGUUUAUAAUACAGCAUCACCUUGA